GGGAGGGUGGGCCAAUAGGUAGACACAGCUCCGCUUAACCAAAAAUUUAUUUGUAUCGCCUCCAUCUUUGCACAUAGUAAGAGGCUUUAAACACCGUCCACUCAAGUUCCCCUCUCGAAAGCCAUACGCUUCGAAUCCGACAUCAUGUUAAAACAGGUCAUUUCUAGGUCGUCCAGAGCUCUAUCAUCCAGCUCAAGAACAAUUGCGCGACGGUCUCUAUUACGGACGCAAUUUUCUCCGGCACCUUCAACCUCCCUACAAUCUGCAUUCCGCCCAAGCCUAAGAUGGUAUAGCGACCAGACAGAGACGACAGCGAAGAAGGAAGGCGAAGAACCAACUGCUGAAACAGAGGCCAAGGAAGCCCAGGAGACCCAAGAGACCCAAGAGACCCAGCAGAAUGAAACUUCCAAUGCGCCGUCAGAUGUCGAGGCUGAGCUUAAGAAGAAGCUAGAAGCUAAAGAGAAGGAAGUCAUCGAUUGGAAGGACAAGUACCUCCGGUCAGUAGCCGACUUUCGCAACCUUCAAGACCGCACACAGAGGGACAUGAAGUCGGCACGCGACUUCGCUAUCCAGAGAUUCGCCAAGGACCUGGUAGAUAGUGUCGACAAUUUGGAUCGGGCUUUGAUAAUGGGCCAAGAGAAGAUCAAGUCGACGGAAGAAGACAAAAAGAACGAGGAUCUAAUCAACUUCUACGAGGGUGUCAAGAUGACCGAAACCAACAUGCUACAGACCUUACAGAAGCAUGGCUUGGAGCGGUUCGAUCCCGAGGGACAGAAAUUCGACCCUAAUGAGCAUGAGGCAACCUUCAUGACCCCGAUGCCCGGCAAGGAAGACAAUACUGUCUUUCAUGUCCAGCAGAAGGGAUUCAAGUUGAACGGAAGGGUCCUUCGAGCCGCCAAGGUGGGCGUAGUAAAGAGUCAAUGAACGACCUAACGACUUGAAUGAUCAUGAUUACGAUCCACUCACUACCACUCACCACUACCACCACUGUAUAAUAUUGAAAAGACCUUGUACACCACCAU